UGUGAAAUUGAAAAUCAAAAUUGAAACAAGCACAGAGCAAUACGGUUGAACGGAUUUCAACGUGAAACGUGAAAAGAAUUUCAUAAGCAAAAGUUAAUAGAGCGCAAAUUGCCAAAAAAAAAAGAUAAAAACAAGAUAUAUUAACUGAAGACAAACAAAAUCAAGAACAAACAAUAACAAAGCAGUGCAAAAAGUGUACGAAAAGCAAACAAUAAAAGUGUCAACCAAAGCUACGAAAAUAGCUCAAGAUCAAGUGAUAAGCACAGAAAUUAACAAAUCCAAAAUGGUCAUAGAGGAAUCAGUCAACAUGCAUCACUUCACACAACAACACUACCACAACCUAGAAAUGGAACUGGAUAUGGAGCUGGCCGAGUGCGCUAUGCCCAUUGGACGUAUAGUUAAGACGGCUCUGCUGCGAGCCCAAUCCGAAUCUCGUGUAAUUGUCGGCCUCUCUGACGCAAUCAAUGUGCUCUCCAAGUCGCCGGAGGGUUCGCUCUUCUGCCUGAUGGCGGAGCCCAAGGCUGGUGAUUCGGCCACUCACAUGCACGAGGUGCUCCUGGAGGCGUUCUGCUAUGAGAACGACAUCUAUGUGAUUAAAGUCGACGAUGCCACCAAGCUGAGCCGCAUUCUGGGUCAUGAGAGCGUCGAGUCGUGCUGCCUGGUGCAGAAGACCUGGGGCGGCGAGCAGAGCGAGGAGCAGCUGAAUAAGGCCGAGAAUCAACUGGUCGACUACUGCGAGGUCCACUGGGAUGCCACGCAGCAGCCCAUUGUCCAGUUGCCAGCGGUGUAGGCGAGAGUGCGAGACAGACGUUAAGUUGAACAGCCCGGCACAGUGGGGCAACACUUGGUUUAAAUUGAACAAAACAACAACCAACAGAUGGUUGAUGCACCCGAACGUUUGGAGAGUUCUGCGGAAACCGACGUUAGGGCACAGCCCAAUUACAUAUAUAUAAAUAUAUACAUAUAUAUAUUUAUAUUUCAAACAAACAUAUACAUUCAGAGUAUAUGUGUAUAACUGUAUAUACAAAGGAGGAGAAGGAGGAGAAGGAGGAGCAGCAGCAGCAGCAGUGAAAGCAGAUGGCCAAUUACUCUGGUUUAGAGAGAGAGAGAGAGAGAGGGAGAAAUACGAUGACCUUCGUUGGAGACGAGAAUGUAAAAUAGAACUUGCAGCAAACAACAACAACAACAGCCUGCCUGCGGAAGUGCAUGCACUCUCUUCGUCUCUCCCUCUCUCUUCGAUCUGGCAACAAUUUCAUAACCAGAGACACACAACACACGCACACCAACACAGAGACACGCUUAACCGCGUGACCAGCUGCAGGCUAUAUUUUUUUUUAUGAGGCAAAUUAUUGAUAAUGGCGAUUAUUUUGUUCACAUCACAGAUAUAUGCAGUAAAUUGUUAUUGUUAAUUAUAUGAAAAAGAAAAAUUAAAAUCAAAAAUUGCAAUUUGUAUUUAAAAAUUAAAGUUUUGUUAUGUUAGCUUUUCAUAUAACCGGCAGCUAUUGUAACACAUCACAACCAAAAAAAUGUUAUUUAAUUUUAAGCAUAAAAAUUAAAAAAAGAAUUUUUUGAAAAAAAAAAAACUAAUAAAAAAAACCUUAAAAAAAA